AUGGCAGAAGCAGAGCCAACUCGUUCUCCAAUCCACGAGACUGACAGAGAGGAGAAGUGGGACUCUGAUUUGGAGGAUGAAGAUGAAGUUAUCGCUCGCGGUUAUUAUCGCAAGGGUUCAAGUCUCAAAAAUCGACUGAAGAGACCCUUCGGCCUUAUUAUGUGUAUGAAGGUUCAGUCUGUAAAAGAUCUUCAUUCUUUGGAGAGGAAGGUCCGCUGGCAAGCUAGAGGCGAUCUGGAGUCGAAAAAGCUUUGGUUUCGGGGGUUGACCAUGAAUACACUAAAGUCCACUCUGGCAUUUUUUGCCCCAGAGGUCAAUGCAGAGUUCGGGUCGGGAUUUUAUACUGCUGACAGUCUAAAAUGCGGCCUGGCGCAUGUUCGAACGGGUGCCGGAGCUAUUAUGGUCUUCAAAGACCCUGCCUUCAUGGACUCGAGUAUUGGCAGCCCAGUCUGGACGAAUGGACCGUUUGGGUGGCUAGGUGGACUUCCUUUCCACGGACAGCUACCAACAACCCAGCUCCGUUACAGCAUGACCCUGCGGACUUCAUUCAGGGACCUAUCAGUAGGUCGAAUCUUGAUACUGAAGGAAAAGGCGGUCCUGAGCAGUCGGAACUCACCCCAACUGGUUGCGGUCAGCAACAAGGGCUGCCAGAUCUUGGCUGAUUCCCUUGACAUGAUCAUCUUUGUUGGACCCAAAUGA